UCACUCAGAAAACGAGCAGAAGUUCACCGAAGUUUCUCAGUAUUCAUCAUGGAGGAGAAGAAGGAGGAGAGCGAAGAGGAGAUCCACGAACACGGACCCGAGCACUGGUUCUCCAAAUGGGAGCGCCAGUGCCUCGCGGAGGCCGAGAGGGAAGAGCCGAGCGAGGAGGAGGUGGAGCAGAACCAGGAGAAACUCUGGCACCUCUUCCAGAAUUCCGCUACGGCGGUGGCGCAACUUUAUAAAGGUCUGUACGCAGAGAAAGAGACCCCACCAGCGGCCCUCCGACUUCCAGCAGCUCGGCUACAGAAACCGUUCGCUCUAGAGAAAUAUCACCUAAACCCGUUGUUUCUAGAACGGACCACACUUUCCGACCUAAAAGCCCAUACUGGUCUCAUUUGGCCACUAAAGUGACAAAAGCAGCGUUUUAUGGUUGUUUUUCACCGUGUGAAUGCGAACUAGCUUUAGCUGCGCCGGUCUGGCUGUGUUUGACAGUUUGUUCGUUGUUAUAGUGGCCUUGCUAACCGGCUAGCCGGAAAGCCGGCUAGUUAGCCACUUAACAUGAGUUUUUUGUUCCUCUCGGUUAAACUGUCUGUACUGGAAAAGCUUAUUUUUGAGUGGAACGCAUUUACGUGUUAUAGGCUUAUAAAAUUACGCAUUUUGACAUACAGCUCUGCCGGUUAGCUUAUGUCCUAUUGUGGCUGUGUUUCAAAACCAAGUGUACUUAACUGCCUGCCAUUGUGCAAAAGAGGCACGUUCGAACACACCUAUGUUUCCCUAACUAAUACAUUGUCCGUGUAGGAAGGACACUAG